GUGCCAGGAGGUUCAGACCCAGCGGCUCACGGAGUCACCGGGGUUCAGGUCUCGGUCUAUCGCCUGUGUUCAGCACUGAGCCAUGGGGAGGAAGCUGGACCUGUCCGGCCUGACGGAUGAUGAGACAGAGCAUGUUCUCCAGGUGGUGCAAAGAGACUUCAAUCUCCGCAAGAAGGAGGAAGAGCGUCUCAGUGAGAUGAAACAGAAGCUGGACGAGGAGGGCAGCAAGUGCAGCAUCCUCGCCAAGCACCGGAAGUUCGUGGAGUGCUGCUGCAUGCGCUGCUGCGCACCCUUCACCUUCCUGGUCAACACCCGGCGCCGCUGCAGCGACUGCAAGUUCAACGUCUGCAAGGGCUGCUGCUCCUUCCUCAAGCGCGAGAAGGCCUGGGUCUGCUGCGUCUGCCAGCAAGCCAGGCUUCUGAGGACGCAGUCCCUAGAAUGGUUCUACAGUAACGUGAAGAGCCGCUUCAAGCGCUUUGGCAGUGCCAAGGUCCUCAAGAACCUGUACCGGAAGCACCGGCUGGAGACCGGCGCAUGCCUUGACGUCCUAGGAGGAGGCUUCUCUGAGUCCCAUCUGGAGAAGGAUGGGAGCAUCUCGGGCAGCGACUCCACCUUUUACCGGCAGUCGGAAGGACACAGCAUGAUGGACACUGUGGCCGUGGCCCUGCGCGUGGCAGAGGAGGCCAUCGAGGAAGCCAUUUGCAAGGCGGAGGCCCACGUGGACAGCCUGGACAAGCAGAAUGAGGCCACCUACCUGCGUGACCACCGCGAGGAGCUCACGGAGGAGCUGGCUGCCACGAUCCUGCAGAAGAUCAUAAGGAAACGGAAGAGCAGGAGUGAGCAGCACACGGAGGAGAAGCCUGAGGAGCCACAGCCACAGGGCCUCAGCUUGAAGGCCGAGGGCAGCAUGGCAGCGCCCAGAGGCCCCUGGGUGCCCACCACUCUCUGGAGGUCCCAGCCUGCAUUCUCCUUCCCUGGGGAAGACUCCCAGAAGACCGCAGCCCUGGAAGCUGCAGCCAGGCGGUGUCCGGGGCAGCCGUGCGCCCUGCCCAGCUGGAAGAGCGUGGAUGGGCUGGACGGAACAAAUGCAGCCCCUGUUCUCCAGAGCCCUGAUGGGAACUGGGUGGCCCUGAAGGGUAGUGUGGCGCCCCCUGCAUGCCUGCUGGCCACACAGAAGAGCACAGCCCUGCAGGCCCUAGAGGUGUCGUCCCCUGCGGCAUCUGCCUAUGAGAAGCUGGGCUCUGGCUGCGAGGAGGACUUCGACUGGAAUGCGGAUUUGAGCAAGCUAUGCCUGCAGGCCCAGGGUGCUGACCACCGCGCCCCAGCCACCUCCCCCUCCCCGGGAGCCUCCCCCAAUCCCGAGGCCAUGGGCUCUGACUCCGAGACAUCCUCAGCUGGCUCCUCCCGGGAUGCAGGGUGCCGGGCCAGCUUCUGGCCGCCCAGGAGGGGCUCCCGGAACCCCGCAGCUGAGCAGCUGCGCCUGCAAGGUGAGCUGGACGUGAACUUCAACCUGCAGGCUGCCAGCGGGGAGACCUCAGACAGCAGCGAGGCGGAGGAGGCCUCCCAGGCCACAGACUGGCGGGCCAGGCAGUGGCGCAGGGCGCACCUGAACACCAAGGAGCUGGGCACAGAACAGUGUGCCCCUAACACCUGCACCCAGGACCUGCACACGAGUCAGGUGCCCAGUGACUUAUCGGAGACGGACAUCAGCACCGAGGCUGCAGACUCCCGGACCAGCUCCGACACAGCUGAGGAGAAGCGGAGAAGCCGGCUGUAUGAGCUGGCCCUGAAGAUGAGUGAAAAGGAGACAUCUUCUGGGGAGGACCCCGAGUCUGACCCCAAGACAGGGCCCGAGAACCAGAAGGAGAGCCUGUCUGCAGAGGAGAAUACCCAGAGUGUCCAGGAUGAGCUAAGGAAGAAGUAUUCUGCUGUUUCUCUCUGCAACAUCUCCACAGAAGUCCUAAAGGUCAUCACUGCCACCGAGGAGCUGAUUGCAGAGUCCACAGGGCCCUGGGAGCUCCCGCCAGUCCCUGCUGGCAGAGAGGAGGGGACAUUUCCUCUCGGGACCAGCCAAGCAAGACUGGAGGAGCAGCUGACCCACCUGGAAGAGAACGUGUACCUGGCAGCGGGAACGGUGUACGGGCUGGAGGGCCAGCUCACUGAGCUGGAGGACGCUGCCCGCAGCAUCCACAGUGGCACCCAGGACACAGAGCUGGCAGAACUGGAGGACCAGGUGGCUGCGGCUGCUGCCCAGGUGCACCACGCAGAGCUGCAGAUCUCAGAUAUUGAGAGCCGGAUUUCAGCUCUGACCCUCGCAGGCUUAAACAUAGCACCAUGUGUGCACCUCUCAAGGAAGCAGGAGCAAAGGCGAAGGAACCAGGUGCAAACCAUAGACACCUCCAGGCAGCAGAGGAGGAAGCUACCUGCUCCACCCGUGAAAGCUGAAACAAUUGAGGCAUCUUCAGUGACCACCAUUAAAAUGUUUAACCGCAACUUCAUUCUCCAAGGCUCCUCUACAAGCAGGCGUACAGAUAGCGGCACGCAGGAUCCAAUGGUAACUAUCACCCCAUCUCAAAGCCCGUCCCUUCUACGCUCAGUGGUACCUCCAUUCCACAGCCUUUGCUCUGCAGCCCCCCAGCAGCACCCCAGGAAGCAUCACUUCGUGGGCUCGUGCUCUUUUGGGUUGACAUGGUUGGGAGCCAGCCAGGGUGAACAACAUCCUCUGAGGUAUCGUUGGCCUCUCUAACGUGUGGGUGUAGCCUCUAUUUCCAGCUUCUUGUAGAAACCAGGUUUGAUAAAUGAGAAAUAAAAGCUAUGCACACAGGGAGUAAGGGCUGGUAGAGGUAUAAGAGGUUUUAUUCUGUCUUCGGUUCAUAUUCACUUUGUGAAAUUUUUUGUUAGCCAAUUAUCUGCCUUCCUAAAAAGGGUCAGCAGCUGUCCCUCAGUGUGGUAAGGUUGAGGCAGCGGGUAAUUCGCACAAAGUGGAGGUCAUAUCAAGAGGGGAAAGCCAGCAGGUAUGUAAGGAUGUGCUGCCAUGAUUCCCAGGGAGAAGGGCAAGAUUUCAUCUCACCCCUGUGCACACACAGGAAGUGGCGAUCCCUAAGUUGCUGUGGACAGACCAUGUCUUAGUCUUCUCGCUGGGACACAACACCUGAUGCCCACAACUCAUGGAAGCAAAGUUUUAUUUUGGCUCACAUUUCAGUCCAUAGUCAGAGGGCUCCAAGGCAGCACAGCAUGGCAGAGAGGCCUGGUGGAGGAAAUUCACAACAUGGUGCACAGAAGGCAAGGAAUGUGAAGCAAGGAGCUGGACAGGGAGAUAGACCUGUCCAGGCCACACCCCCAGUGCCCACCUCUUCUGACUGGGCCCUUUCUCCUAACAGCAAGCCAGCUGUAGACCCUGCAAUCCAGUCACCUCCACCACUUGCAGCUUUGGGCACGUCUAGAGGUAAACCUUACUGGGCCAUGUCUGAGUGUGGCAGGCGCCUCACACACCCGCUGCCCCUGCCUCCCGUUCCACCCUGCACUUUCUCUUAGAAGCACAGAAGCAGCAGGGCCUGGCACCAUGGUGGGCACAGGAGUUAUUCUCUUGGGCUCCGCAUGGCACCCCAGCUUCCCAGGCCUACUCUUCCCUGGUCAGCCAGCAUACCUGACCUCGCAGAGCCCAGUCACCUUCCGCCACCUGUCCCUUCAGAGGUAGAACGACACCUGUUACACUGAAAGGGCAACCCGCCAGCAUUAGGGAAGGAAUGGUCCAUAAAGAAGAUUGUUAAAAAGAAAUAACCAUUUGCAGAGCUCUGGGGGUGGGGUGGACAGGAGGAAGCAGGUUACAGGGAACGGCUCGCUCUGGGGGACAAAGGUGUGUUUAAAUAAAGACCGCGGUGGUGCUAUGGCCCUGAAAAUGUACCAAGUGCCAUGCGGCCGUGCACUCCACCGUGGUGAGUUCUGCACUGUGUUGAUUCUGCGUCAGUAAAUUAUUUUUAAAAUAAGACAAAAAUAAAGUGCCUUGAAGUAACAUGAGAAGGUUAAAACGGAGGGCUGCACAGUAUGUCCUAAGAAAAAACAAUGACGCUGGAAGGAGCAGAAAUACUACUUUCAAGUAGUGUAGAAUUCAAGACAGGAAGUGUUCAGGGAAGGCGGAGGCUCAGGCAAGCUGAGCCCAUCUUGAUCUGGCCCAUGAGAGAGCAGCACCAUUUACUGUGUGAUUUUAAAACCUUUUCAGACUUCAGCAGUCCCAUUGCACCAGAAAUAAAUACCAUUUAGAGAAUUCACUAGUGUAAUUAUAACUGUGAUUAAAAUGUCUAUCUGACUUUACGCUUUACAGAUUAUUCACUUUCUAAGCAUCAGAGGAGCAUUUGUAAAAAUUGGUUUUGUACCGGCUUACACAGGGAAGCUGGAAACACUCCCAGACACGGGUGCAGAGCUCUGUCCUGCGACCACGGUGCUGAAUGGAACUGGCACCGUGGCUCAGGGCAGUGCUCGGUGUCGCCCGCAGGAGCCGGCCCUGGAGUCUGCUGUGAUGUACUAGUGCCACUGAGCACACUGCCAGUGACCCACUGCCCGGCCCACACGCCAGUGCCUUCACCAACAGCCAUGGAGCCACGCGGGUCCAGACAGGAGAGGCCUAGGAGGCCACAGUGACCCCUUGCCAGAAGUCCACCUUGGAGCCAGGCCACUGCCCUGCCCACAUGGCCUCAGGCUGGAUCCAGCCCAGCGGGAGGGGGUGGGGUGGGGUAUUUCGUCAGUGUCUGCCUCACUCCUUUGUUGUCUUCCUAAUCUUCUUUUCCUUUGUCCCUUCGGUCAGUAAACUUCUGUGCCCAUGACUGUCCCAUGGAAAAUCGUUGGAGGGAGGAGGCGGGCAUUGUCACUUAGCUCAUCACCAGUGCUUGCUGAUCUGCCACAGACAUUCUUCAUGUAAUGAACGCCAGGAAAAGCGAGGGCCCCUGCGUGAGCCCAGGGAUGGUGUGACAUGGGGCCCACUGUACAGAACAGCAUGGUCCUCCCCUGGCCCAUCCAGAACGCGUCCCGCUGAGGUUCGGGUUCUUCUGGGGAUAGGGGACAGCUUCAGGACUGCUGCCAUCAGCUCCUCCCUAGGGCCUGUCUGCAGUCAGUGACCGCACCUAGGUGAGGUCUGGGUAGACGGCCCAGACCCAGCACGGGAGGCUUGUCCUCCAGAAUUUAUGGACCAGCUGAUACUCAGCAAGGUAGCAAAAUGACCUCCAAGACAAUAGUUAAGGAAUAACUUCAGAAAUGUAGUUAGGAAGAAAGCGAGGACAGACUGCAAACGUAGCAGACCCAGGAGCAGACAACUGUGUGCAGCGUACUCACUCUGAAACGGAAAGGGAGUCUCACUCAGCCACUGGGAGUUAGCAACAUCUUUUGAGCAUUUGCUCCUGAUAGAUUGUGCACCUAAAAAGGCAGUGGAGCAGGCAAGGGAAUAGGAGACUGCGCACUGGGGGCGGCCCAAAGGAGGCAGCCCUCUCACUUAACCCUCAGACCUCCUUGGUAAGUAAGCCCACUUCUCGGAUUUGGAAACCAAAGGCCGAGAGACCAGCUUUGCCCAGCACCACACCUGUGUGCUCAGCGUAGCAGGAAUGCCUCACAAAAGCCUGGCUCUGUUUCCAGAUUGUGUUCUUUUGCGCCCCUGUGCACCCCCAGACUUGAGUUGCUGCCAGUCCGUGUGUUAAGUUCCACUCCAGAGCAGGUCUGCCUGCCUGCCGAGAAUGCUUCUGCUCAUGCUGUGUAUGUGUGCUCCAACCGAUGUGACUCCUUUGAACAAGUAAACUUCAGCUUUUUGUUCUGUUGGUGUGAUUCAAAGCAAAGCAAAAUGAACCAAAAACUAAUUUUAAAAACACAACAACAAAAAAAAAGAUCUGACUUCCAAAUAGAAUGUUUUCCUUAAGAGGCAUGAAAACCAACUAUUGUUGUGUUGCAGUGUUAAAAUACUCCGUUUCUUGAUAAAAUCAGUGUACUGUGUAAGCCUUGCAAAAAAGAAAAAAGUUUGCUCUAUGACAUUUGAAUUUUUAUAAAGGUUUCCUUGUGCCAAAUACGUGCAAAGAUUUAAUUUACUAUUUAAAAACUAUAAACAUAUGUUAUAGUUCCAGAGAAUUAUUUUGUCAUCAAGUGAUUUUGAUCUUUAGUGUCAAUAUUUAUAUUUGAUUAAUUUUUAUAAAUGAAAAUAUUUUAAAGGUUUAAGAAAAUAAGGACGACGGGACAGUAUCUCUGAUGGCUUCCAAGAGUCAUGCUUGCUUUCACGUUAUGUGCACUGUUGACAGAGAGGAUAAAGAAAACACACUGCCUGGCCUCCCAGGCCUUCUGAAAUCUGUGUGGAAGCCUUGCAUUCUACAUGCCUAUAAAGCCAGCAC